AUGUACUAUUAUACUGGCGGCCUAACAGACAAGAGUGAUGUUUUCAGUUUUGGUGUUUUGCUUGUUGAACUCCUAACUAGAAAAAAGUCAUGCAUGUACCGUAGUGGCGGCGACGGUGUUGGUCUUAUUUCACAUUUGAUUUCGCUACUCGCAGAAGGCAAUCUUGAUGAGUUAAUUGAUCCCCAAGUUACGGAAGAGGGAGAUGGAGAAGUCCAGGAAUUAGCUAUGCUAGCAGCAAUGUGCAUAAACUUGAAGGGAGAAGAGCGGCCUACAAUGAGGGAAGUGGAGAUGAAACUUGAAAAUCUGAGAGCUAGCAUGUCUGUGGCACCUGAUGCUGCUGGAACAAGGAGAUACGACAGGGGUCAAACUGGAUCUGUAUGUAUGCCAACUGAAGGAGUUGUUGUGGAAGCAAGCAGGCAAUACACUAUGGAGGAAGAAAUACUCUUGUCUGCAAGGUAUCCGCGAUGA